GCAUAUGGUAAAAUACGCGUUUAGACGUCACGCGAGUUCGGGAGUGCACGGCCCUUUCUAAAUAAUUCUGCCGUAUUCCGUACAAAUUCAAUACUUGUGAACCAAGGCGGUGUAACAAAAAAUUAUUCUGUCGCAAAGACAUCAUCUCGUCUUCCACAAUCCUUUCAGUCUUCAAAUCAUCCCAAAGUCCAAUUAACGUCCACUUUUACAACAUGGGUCGCACUGAUGGAAAUGAACGGGUAGUCAAACCCAAGAAAGAAAAAAAGGCGAAAGUCCCCAAAGAACAACGCGUUCGCAAGAUCAAACUUCCCAAGGAUAAAGAUCCAAACCGCACCGACAAACCGGAAGUUCCUUUGAUGAAUAGAUCCGUACAUGCGAAAUGGGGCGCACUUUUUCGCAAACAUUUGGGCGUUCUAGAGGCUCAUUGUAAGGCGUUGGAUAGGUUGCAACAAGCUAUGAAAAGUGAGAUGAAUAAUUUGAGUGAGGAGGAGAAGAGGGAAUGGGAAUUGAAUGAGGAGGGACCUUGGAGGGUUCUUUGUGGUUUGUUGGAUAGAGGGAGGGAUACGCUUGUUAGUGGGAGACAGAUGGCGAGGUUCGUUGUAAGUUUUCUGGAGGAUUGAGCUGCUUUUUACUACAAGGUUGCGGUUACUGAUGGGGAUUCGUAUAGUUGCCAGCUCGUUUGAUCAAGGAUAAAAAGGGCUUGGGUGUUCGUGGCACAACUUAUGAACCUCUUGUACCACAACUCGAUGCUCGUCUGGCUGCGGAGAAAAAUGGUACUACUGAAAAGGACGAUAGUAGCGAUAGUGAUAGCUCAGAUUCCUCAGACUCCGAUUCAGACUCCGACUCAGCAGAAGAUACUGGAUACGAAGAUGAAGAUGUAGAAAUGGAAGAUGCACCAGCUCCUGAAUCCAAAAAUACUACCACAACUAGUGCGCCAGCUGCGGUGGAACCAAGUACUCACUUUUUCGUUGACACGAUGCCAACUCCAGUAACUCAAUUAAACAAGGAGAAGGAGAAGAAGGAUAAAAAGAGAAAUUCUGAUGAGGCUUCUGGUGGAAAGAAAAGCAAGAAAGAUAAGAAGGCGGAGGAGGAAAAGCAAAUUGAGGAAGAGGUCAAUUUCCAAGCUAUAGAGGCUCAAUUACAAGCGGAGGUUGAAGCUGAUAUGAAGGCACAGGAGGAAAAGGCUCAGAAUGCUGAGGAGGAGAAGGAGAAGAAGGAGAAGAAAGAAAAGAAGAGGAAGAGAGAGAGCCUGGGAGAGGAAACUGGGGAAAAGAAAGCGAAGAAGGAUAAGAAAUCUAAGGUUGAGGAAGACGAUGUGAAGGAAGAUGAAGAGGUUGAGGUAGAGCCCAAAAAAGAUAAGAAGUCAAAGAAAGACAAGAAGAGGAAAGCAGAUGAUGUAGCUGCUGAGGAUGAACAGAUCGAUGGAAAGAAGAAGAAGAAAUCGAAAUGAUAGUCACAAGUAUCGUGGAUAUGUAUAGCUAAGAUUCAAAAAUGUGGGAGGAGCAUCAGGAAAAUAGAUGGAUUACUUUAAUGAAUUGAAUACUAUGGAAGAACAUUUCAUAAA